AUGUAUGCAUUGACCAAUCUAAAGUCAAAAAAUGAAGGAGAUUCGGAUAUUUCGUACACCCUGGUUUCAUCUGAAUCAUCGAGGAGUAAAACCGAAAAGUUGAAGCCUUCAAGGUGGAACACGGUUGAGUUUUAUGUGUAUUAUAUAGUACAUGUAGUUACCAUACCGUAUAUGUUUUGGGUGGCAUACACAAUCAGUAGAGAAUCACACCCAAACUACCCACAGUACGAACAUUAUUUGUCAGACGGAUGGUUAUUUGGCCGUAAAUUUGAUAAUAGUGAUUUUCAAUUUGCAAGUGUUCGCAAUAACUACAUUCCUCUAUUUCUUGCUCUAGUCAUCCAUGUCGUACUCUCCCGAUUAUACAGAUUCCUGUUUGUUCCAUCACAACCAGCCAAACUACCUAGUCAGCACUUACAUCAAGUCUACUUUAAUCUUGUAUUCUCGCUUCUCUUCUUUUAUGGUCUCUGUGGGAACGGUUUAUUGAAGAUCUUGAUCAUACUGACUAUGAACUAUCUGAUUGCCAAAGUGUUCAAAGGGUCAAUUCUCAAUUGCGUGAUUACUUGGGUGUUUAACUUGGCAAUUUUAUUUCUAAACGACAGAUAUAAGGGAUAUGAAUUUGCAAUGGUCGAUGAGCGGUUGUCUUUCUUGGACAACAAUCGUGGUCUACUGAGAUGGCAAGUGACAUUUAAUAUUUCCAUGUUAAGAAUGAUAUCCUACAACAUGGAUUAUUACUGGAGCUUCGGAAAGCUUGCCGGUGAUGAUUCUAAAGAG